UUUGGCAAUAAUCUGACAUGUAGGCGAGAAUGCACAUCCCUGCCGAAAUUGAGAUCCUCACCGAAAUGUACAAUCUGGAAACUGAAGAAACAGGGAUGUCCGUGGAUGUGAGCGGAGUAGUCUUGUCAUCUCCUCAUCCGGAGGCUCACAUAUUCACUAACAGUAUGUUAUGCAUCCAGGAAGAGCUGGCUCAACUGAGUGAAAUCCCGGCAAGUCCUGAGCGACUAAUCACCGAACUACGAGAGGUUCAAUUACCCCAAAGCAACCCAAACUCGGGGAAUUCUAGCGAUGUAGCGACGAAAUGCGCUCCUGGAAUGGAAAGCAUCGAUUCUCAACGAUCGAAUUGGGUCGAAGGCAUAUUGGGAUGCAUGCGCCCCGUUUGGUCCAUGUUGUCAAAGGCAGCUAUUAAUGAAAAAAUUAAAAAUCUUGCAACGGAUGAUUGGGAGAUACCUUUUGGAGAUAUCAGCGAGAUGAAGUGGGUAGCAUCCGGGGCUCAAGGUGCAGUAUUUAAAGGGAAAUUAAAUAGAGAGAUUGUAGCUGUAAAAAAAGUGAAGGAACCGAAAGAGACUGAUAUACGCCAUUUAAAAAAGCUCAAUCAUCCAAAUAUUGUACAAUUCAAAGGAGUUUGCACAAAACCUCCUUCCUAUUGCAUAAUAAUGGAGUUUUGUCCAUAUGGGCCAUUGUAUGACUUUCUGAGAGCUGGAGAACCGGUUCCUCCUGUUCGAUUGGUGUCAUGGUCAAAACAAAUUGCUGCAGGGAUGGGAUAUCUUCAUGCUCAUAAAAUCAUACAUAGAGAUCUCAAGAGCCCAAACGUCCUAAUAGGAGAAGACGAAGUAGUGAAGAUCAGUGACUUCGGCACGAGUAGACAAUGGAAUGAAGUUAGCACAAAAAUGACUUUCGCCGGUACUGUGGCAUGGAUGGCACCGGAAGUAAUCAGAAACGACCCGUGUUCGGAGAAAGUGGACAUAUGGUCAUACGGCGUUGUACUGUGGGAAUUGCUGAGUGGUGAGAUACCUUACAAGGACGUGGAUUCCUCCGCCGUUAUGUGGGGAGUGGGCAGCAAUUCUCUUCAUUUGCCAAUUCCUACCAGUUGCCCAGAGGGCUUUGCAUUACUGGUCAAGCAGUGCUGGUCGACUAAACCGCGUAAUAGGCCUUCCUUCAAACUUAUCGAGAUGCAUCUUGCCAUCGCGGCCAUCGAUGUGUUAUCCUUGGAACCCGAAGAUUACUUUAAGACACAACAAUCUUGGAAGAAGGAGAUACAGGAACAGAUGGAACAUAUGCCGUUGUUCACUAAUACCAAUCCACAUUUCGAAAACGAUCUAAUUCUAAGGAGAAAGAUUGAAUUACGGCAAGCUCAAGAUGUCAGGGAACACUACGAACGCAAACUUGAACGCACUAACAACUUAUAUCUUGAAUUAAACGCUAUUAUGCUACAAUUGGAGCUACGCGAGCGAGAUGUAAUAAAGAGAGAACAACAAUCAACGGGAUACAAACAAUACAAGAAACGUCUUGUUCGGCCUUUAUUAAAGGCACAAGAGAGACUCUAUCGCAAACGUUGUGGCACAGUGCAGUUUUCCACUUCCUCAACGCCUACUACUCCGCCAUCGCCCACGGAUUCGCCACAAAGCCCCGUUAAAGCCAUCAUGUAUACACAAUUGAACGAAUCCAAUCAACCAGAAACUGUUUUGGCAUCGAGCAAUAGUUUCAAACAGCGUAAAUACAGGCAUCGUAGAGUUGGUUCGGGUUGUGGCGUGAGUUCCAGUCCUAGAUCGAGUCCUCAUCGUGAAAGAAAAAGUAUAGAGGCAUCUGUAAGAUACAUUGACAGUCACACACAAACAGAUAUCAUGGAUAUCAGUGAAAUGGAUCAUACUUCGUUGGCGAAUAUAGCGUCUUCCUCGCCAGAAAAGGCCUCUUUGGAAGCUGCUAGAAAACACUCGUUGAAUAAACAAGCAACGGAAUGUGUAAACGGGAAUCCGAUUUUGCCAGAAACGCAUUAUCCGAUGCUAAUUAGCUCAUGCUCAAGUCCUGAACCUUCGAAUGAAAAUAACGCCAAUGGAAAUGAGCGUUUGAAAGAUUGCAGCGAUGAUGAUAAUCUAGAGACUCUCGGUAGAAAAGUUAGCGAGAUUAUUAUUGCGAAUCGUCUUAUUAUUGACAAUGGAAACGGCGAUGACGUUAUAAUCUCCCAUAGAAAUAAAGAAGAUUCGGGCAAACUAUCUGGACAUUAUGCGGAGCAAUCUGACAUUAAACUACGAAUUUCUUCAGACAAUACAGAUGAUCGUGAAGAUGAUGGUUGUGAAGAAAGCUGGUCAGAUGAAGAAGGAGAGGAUCCAAGUUAUACUUACAAUUAUUCUUUGAGACGAAGAAGUAUUGCAAGGAAGCCAAUUGGUCCUGGCUGCAGAUUACGAAGAUCUAAGCCAACAAUACCUGGGAGAAUACAGGGGGCAUUAGCUUCCGAUGAGGAAAAUACUUCUGAAUAUUCACAUCCUCCGUCCAGUCAGACCUCCACCUUAGAGAGUAAUCCAGAUGUUCAAAGGGUCCUUCGCAAUAUACAACAUUCCCAAAAAAGAAAGGAAAUAGAUGACGCUUCUGACACAUCGAGUCAAUCAGAAACGGAUGAAGUCAGUGAAGUUACAAUCGCAUCUCAACCCGCGAAUGGAACUAUGAAAAUGGAGAGUCGAGUAUAAGAGUAUAGAGUCGAAUAUUGUAGCAUAAUUUUUAUAUUUGAUUUAUGAACGCGUUAUAUUGAUAAGAUAGAGUUAUUGUCUAAAUGAAAUUCGAUAAUUCUUCGAGCAUUCUUCAUUCUGUAACUUAUGUUAAAUAUUGUAGAUAUUUAUCUAUUCUAUAUAUGUAUGUAUAUACAUAUAUGCAAAUUAUGACAUACAUAUAUAAAUAAACGUUACAUAGGCAUACAUGCAUCACACGUACAUCUAUAUAUACAUAUAUUUAAAAAAUAUUUGGAAAAAAUAGCAAACGAUUGAAAAUUCGCGACUCGACAUCUCACUGGAACAUUCAAGUCAUAGUUUUCAAACCAUUCUUCAUCAAUGUGUAUAAUCAAUCGCACACAUGAAUUAGUAAAAAAAUUAAAUUAAUAUUGCUCAAGUUUAUUUGAGUAUAUAUAAGAUUUUUUUAUAGCAUAUAUACAUGCCGCAUGAGAUCAUGAAUCUAGAUUUAUAAUGUAAUCUUCGUCCAACAAAUCUAAAUACUGCUUCGAAGGAUGCUAUUCACAAAUGAUUGUAUCAUUCAAAACUGUUAUAUGCAUCGUUACAGCAUUAUAUAUGUCUCAACAAUUAUUCAUUAGAAUCAUUAAUGAAUAUCAUAGACAUGUAUAAUAAAUUAAUCCCUGCUAUAAGAAGCGUGAAAACAUGAAGGAACUUUUGCCCUUCAUGUUUGCUAUCUCUUACAACAACGGAUGGUCUAUUAUAUGUGAUUAAGAUAUAUAUAUAUAUAAUGUCUAACAUACAUACUUCUGAAAUCGUGUAUUUAUUUCUUUCAUCUAAUAUUUUUCAUCAAUUAAUUUAAUAGUUAUUUUCGAAUAAAAUGCGUAUGUACAUUAUUUUUAAGUCACAAAUGCAACUUUAAACUGUGCAUACAAAUUAGAUUAGAAAUAAAUUUUUCUCGGAUUCAGAAACAAGCUUACAACACAAAAGUUAACUACUCUCCAAAUUCACUUCCGUCUAUUUAUAUGUCAGACGAAAGGCAGCUGUGAAUAAGAUACAAACAUAAUUAUGAGAGCAUCUGACUAAUGAUAUUAUCUAUAUGCACAGUUUAAAUUUCACAAAAUGAAAUAACAUGUACAACAUAAAAUGAAAUGAACGAAUUUUAUUACAUAAGUGCCUACGGCAAUUUGCAUGCAUCGAUCGCGUCGAAGUGUCUAGUGAAAGUUAGAGAAUUAA